AUGAGUGGCUACUACGGCAACUACUUCGGUGGCUGUGGCUACAGUGGCCUGGGCUGUGGCUAUGGCUGCGGUGGCUACUGGGGCCUGGGCUGGGGCUAUGGCUUCCCCUAUGGCUAUGGCUGCGGCUUUGGCUGUGGAUACGGAUUUGGCUGCUAUCGCCCAUCCUGCUUGCUUAAAGCCUACAGAUUCGAGAGCAAGGCAGAGAGGAACUACGGCAACUACUUUGGCGGCUGCGGCGGCCUGGGCUGGGGCUAUGACGGCCUGGGCUGUGGCUGUGGCUGUGGCGGCUACCGGGGCCUGGGCUGGGGCUACGGCUUCCCCUACGGCUAUGGCUGUGGCUUUGGCCAUGGGUACAGAUUUGGCUGCUACCUCCCAUCCUGCUCUGGGAGCUACUGGUCCUCCGGCUUCUACUGA